AUGGCCCUGCUGACACCGGCACGCGGGCAGGGGGUCGCGUGCGCGCUCGCCCUCACGGCCCUCUGCUGCGCCAACGCGUGGUGGCUCCUGCGGUGCGGCCGCGACGCUGGGCGCGUUCGGCCGCGCGGGAGGGAAUCGGCGGCGUCCGCCUUGGGAGAGGGGCGAGACGCGGGGCGUGGGGUGGACGACAGACGACUCGGCAACAUCGAACGGCUUUUGGAGACGCUCGUGCGAGCAACAGCCAGGAACAAUUCGGAGGCAGGCGGAACAGUGGAGGCCGCGGGCGCCGUGUGCCCUGGGAACGAGCUGGUGGACAAGCCAGCCGAGAUCCUCUUCAAGGAGUGGGGCAAGGAGCUCCCGGCGUGGCAGAAGCGCGCGGCGUGCGCCCGCUUCCUCACCUACGGCUACAACGCCUACCUGAGCGACCGGCUGCCCCUCGACCGCGACGUGCCCGACAACCGCCCUCCCGGCUGCAGCUCCAAGCGGUACCCGUCGGAGCUGCCGGCCCUGAGCCUGGUGCUGAUCUUCUACAACGAGGCCGUCUCCAUCCUGCUGCGCGCCGUCACCUCCGCCGUGCGCAACACGCCGCACCACCUCCUCAAGGAGAUCAUCCUCGUCGACGACUGCAGCGACUACGCCGACCUGCAGGAGGGCUUCAGGGAAAACAUCACCCAGCUACAGCGCAGGUACGAGCACGUGUCCAUCCGCCUCGUCCGGCACGCGGCCCGCAGGGGCCUCAGCGCGUCGCGCGUCACCGGCAUCCGGGCGGCUUCAGGGCCCGUGGUGGCCGUCAUGGACGCCCACGUGGAGUUCCCCGUCGGAUGGGCCGAGCCGAUUCUGGGUCGCCUCGCGGCCAACCGGCGCCUACUGCUGUCGCCGGUAUUCGACAACACGCACUACGAUUCACUACGCGUGCAGCACUACACCGCCAACGCCCAGGCCUUCAACUGGGAGCUGUGGUGCGCCUACCUCAAGCCGCCCGCCGACUGGGUGAGCAAGGGGGACCCCACCGCCCCCAUCAGGAGCCCGAUUGUGAUGGGCUGCAUGGCGGCCAGCAAGAGCUACCUGGAGGAGAUCGGGUUUCUGGAUGAAGGCAUGCAGGUGUACGGAGGGGAGAACGUGGAGCUGGGCCUCAGGGUGUGGCAGUGCGGGGGUAGCGUGGAGGUGCUGCCCUGCUCACGCUUGGCUCACAUCGAGCGCUACUUCAAGCCGUACGCCCCGGACCUGAGCGUCCACAUGCGCAGGAAUGCGCUGCGCGUGGCCGAGAUCUGGAUGGACGACUUCAAGAGGAACGUCUACAUGGCCUGGAACGUGCCCAUGAACGGCUCCGGGAUCGACAUCGGCGACAUCUCGGAGCGCGUGGCUCUGCGCAAGCGGCUCAACUGCAAGAGCUUCGCGUGGUACCUGGAGAACGUGCUGCCCUCACUGCCACGGCACGAUGACAUCGUGCAGUACGGUGUGAUGAAAAACGAAGUGAGAGAAGAUCUGUGUUUGGACCAAGGCUCUCCCGAGAAGAAGCGGCCCAUCCUCUACCCGUGCCACAUUUACUCCACGCAGCGCGUCUGCCUAACGGCCGCGUCCGAGCUGCUCAUUGGAGACUGGAGCCUGGACUUGUGGAGGCCGAAGAGACGCUGCCUGGUGGAGGUGGAGGAGGAGGUGGAGGAGGGGAGGGAGAGCGGUGGCCCGGCCCUCAUCGCCUGCUCGCUCGCUCUGCAGCAGAGACGCAGGAUGCACUGGAAAUUCACUCAGGUGACGGUGCUGGUGGUGGUGGACGGAGAGAUUCGGAACACGGAGAGCGGUAACUGCCUGGAGGUGACGGAGAGCACCGACGAUGAGCAGGGGCUGAGGCUGGUGGUGCGCCGCUGCUCCCGCCAGCGCUGGCACCUCGGGGAGGUUGGGCGCGUGGCAAAAGCGGGCACCGAAUAA